AAAUGAACAGGAAAAAAGGGAGAAGAAAAGUACCCACAGCGAGAGAAUUCUCCGGAACUUUGGGACAAUAUAAGAGUGGACUGCUUCUUGUUUUGUUCUUCAUCAGGAGGGGCUGAAGCCUACGUCGAAGGUGGCCUAGGUUGUACCUUCCUUCUGCUGGAUUUCUGGUUACGUCUAGCCCCGACUUCUCAUACAACUUGGAGAUUUCGGUUAUUAGCAAACGGCUGGUUUCUUUCCUUGAAAGAAGCUUGAGGCUUCUAACUAUUGGGAUAUCUAUACCUUUCUAGCGAGUCAAGGAUCAAAUGAAAUGGAAAUAUCUGGAAAUAGAUGGUUCUCGGAACUUGGAGUGGAUGACUCUAGACUCAUUUACGAAGGCGACAUGAGCUCAUUCAAUCAAUUUGCUCCACAAGUAGCACCUGCACUUGCAGGAGGCUUCCAGCAAUCCCUUUCUUCAGAGAGCUAUACUUCUCACCCUUCCUUCCAUCCGGUCGUGGGUGCCCCUCAGAAAGGCUUCAUCGAGGGACCAAAAAAGAUGCAAAAGAUCAAUAGCUGGAGCCCUCAUAACACUGAGAAGAAUGCAGCUUUCGGCCUCGAUGCCCCUUCACCAGACUCUCUUUCAUUUCACAAUCCAAACUCACCGAAUAAAACUGUAUCUAUGAGAGCUGCAGCAUCACAAGAAGAGAUGAGGGCUUUAGUUUCUCAUGGUUCAGCACAGAAUUAUGAAACAAUUACUCAACAAGUAUCAAAGACGACAAAGAUGGGACCAGUGCUAUCUCAAGCUCAAGACCACAUAAUUGCCGAGAGGAAGCGGAGGGAGAAGCUCGGCCAGAGAUUUAUAGCACUUUCUGCAGUAAUCCCUCGUCUUAAGAAGAAGGACAAGGCUUCUGUUCUUGGAGAUGCAGUCGAAUACAUUAAAGAACUCAAAGAGAGGGUGAAGACCCUCGAAGACCAGAAUGCAACGAGGACUGUCGAAUCCAUGGUCCUCGUCAAGAAGUCUAAGCUCUCUGUCGACGAUGAUGGUUCGUCCUCAAAUGAAUUCUCAAACGGGUGCUCAUCAGAAGAGAGCCUUCCUGAGAUUGAAGUGAUGCUUUCUGAGAAGACAGCCCUCAUGAAGAUCCACUGCGAGAACCGGAGAGGAGUACUGGGGAGGCUGCUGUCCGAGAUCGAGAAGGUCCACCUCACAGUCACUAAUGCUAAUAUCAUGCCCUUCCUCAGCUCCUCUAUCUUUAUAACUGUGGCGGCAAAGGUUGAGGGGGAGUUUUCCAUAACAUUGGAAGAUCUUGCGAGGAAGCUAAACUCAGCUUUGAGCUAGUUCAUGUUAAGAAAGAACAGUUGUACAUAAGAAGUUCUUAUUGUAGUUAGAUCUCUCCCAAAUCCCAAUAGCUACAUUCGGGUAAGCUUGAGCUGUAUGAAGGCUGAGGUUGCUGUCUUUUUAAGGGGGCACGUCGCAUAAUGUCUCUUUGUAUUGCUUUCCUCCUUUGGGAUGGGUUACGAAAAGUAACAGUAGUUGUAUAGUUGUUCUACCGGACUUGUUUGCACUUGAAAAGAAGCAUCGUUGGCUUCGCUGUAUGGUACGAAAGGAUCCUACGAUAUCUUGUGGAAAUCUUUAGUUUACAGUUCGUGAA